AUGAACGUUUUGCUCAUAGAAGUCAAUCAGCUUACAAGUUCUAUACCAUUGGCAGUUUUUAACAUUUCUAGAAUUGAAGCAAUUGGAUUUACAAGCAAUUACUUAUCAGGAACUCUUCCUAAUCAUUUUUGCAAUGGUUUCCCAAUACUCAAAAGGCUUUAUCUAUCCACAAACAAACUUCAUGGUCAUACGCCUACGAGCUUGGCAAAUUGUUCAAAACUUCAAAUAUUGUCUCUAUCAGGAAACAAGUUUGAUGGACCAAUACAUCGUGAAAUUGGAAGAUUGAGUAACUUGCAGAAAUUAUUUCUCGGAUCUAACCAUUUCAUAGGGGUAAUUCCUCAGGAAGUCGGAAAUCUUGUUAAUUUGGUGGAUUUAGGCAUGGAGAGAAACCAGAUUACCAGCUCUGUCCCAAUCUCCAUGUUUAAUAUCUCCUCCCUGCAAUAUUUGUUACUGGCGAAUAACAAUCUCAAGGGAUCCUUACCACGGGAAAUUGGCAACUUAACCAAGAUGCAAGUUUUAUAUCUUAACGAAAAUAGGUUUAAUGGUGAAAUGCCCAAAGAUAUAAGCAAUCUCGUGGAGUUGGAGGAACUUGGUCUUGAAUUUAAUAGUUUUAGUGGCUCACUUAAAAUGGAGACCUUCAAUAUAUCAGGGCUGAGAAUGAUUUCAUUGUUACACAAUAAUCUAUCAGGAAUCAUCCCACCAAACAUAUGUUCUGUCUUACCCAACAUAGAACAUCUUUAUCUGGAUAAAUUGACCAAUCUUUUUGGUACUAUUCCUCAUUUAAUCUCCAUUUGUUCAAAACUUACUGCUCUAGACCUUUCAUCAAAUAAACUCAGUGGCUUGAUUCCCAAUUCUUUGGGAUAUUUGAUUCGUCUGCAAUUCCUAAACUUGGGGGAAAUAAUUUAA